AUGACUGCGCAGUCGAAGCCCGAAAUUUCUCCCUGGGGGCGCGCUGUGGCCGGCGCCUCUGGUGCCGUGCUUGCCAACGCUCUCGUGUACCCGCUCGACAUCGUCAAGACACGCCUUCAGGUGCAGGUCCGAUCCGACGAAAGAUCGACCCCUGACCCAGAUAGCCCUAUUUACAAUUCUACCUGGGAUGCAGUUUCUCGUAUUUUCGCCGAAGAAGGCCUCCCCGGUCUGUACGCUGGCAUAAAUGGCUCCCUACUCGGCGUUGCUUCGACCAACUUUGCCUACUUCUAUUGGUAUACGAUCGUCCGAACUCUAUACACAAAAUACUCUAAGUUGGCAGCCCCUCCAUCCACUGCUGUGGAGCUUUCCCUCGGUGCUCUUGCGGGUGCUGUCGCCCAGAUCUUCACAAUCCCUGUUGCUGUUGUAACCACCCGUCAGCAAACGGCUGCAAAGAGUGACCGGCAGGGUCUCAUACUAACUGCCCGUGAGGUCAUAGAAGGCCCUGAUGGCGUGUCGGGAUUGUGGAGGGGCCUGAAGGCCAGUCUGGUCCUCGUCGUGAACCCAGCGAUCACAUAUGGUGCCUAUGAACGGCUCAAACCCAUAUUUUUCGCUGGAAGGAAUAAUUUGAAGCCCUGGGAGGCAUUCGCCCUUGGUGCCAUGUCCAAGUCCUUGGCAACGAUCGUUACUCAACCUCUUAUCGUUGCUAAAGUUGGCUUGCAGUCAAGGCCCCCUCCUUCCAGGAAUGGGAAGCCAUUCAAAAGCUUUGUCGAAGUGAUGAAGUUCAUCAUCGAGCAUGAAGGCCCCGUGGGCCUGUUCAAGGGAAUCGCACCUCAAAUCCUGAAAGGUCUUCUCGUCCAAGGUAUCCUUAUGAUGGCCAAGGAAAGAGUGGAGCUCAUCUUUGUUCUGCUGCUACGAUAUCUCAAGUCAACGCGCCUGCAGCAAGUACGAAGCACGGCGCAGCGCGCGUCUGUGGCGGCUGUUCAGGGCGCAGCAGCCGCAGCACCUGCGGCACCGCUGAAGUCGGCGGGUUGA